AUGCCCAGUCCACUGGACUCAAGUCCAGUCCAGUCCAGUCCAGUCCACUGGACUCUCACUGGACUACAAGCCACUUUCCUGAGUCCAGUCCCAGUCCAGUGGACUAUGAGUCCAGUCAUAGUCCACUGGAUUCCACUGGACUGCAGUGGAAUCCAGCAGUCCAGGACCGCGCCCAGUCAUGGGUGUCGGUGCCACGUCGCUAUCGGCGACGUGGCAACCAGACGACGAACGACGACAAGCGUCGUUCGUCGUCCAUGGAUGUCGACAUGGCGCAACAACGCAACCCGGCGACGACACGUCGACAACGACCACGACGGCACCAUGACCCUACACAACAACCGCAACACGCGCAACGGCAACCCACGUCACGAAGCGAACGAAGACACGCCAGGACGACAACACAACACGAGCACCCCCCACCACACACGAAAAAUGACGAGCGCCCACGAAAACGAUGAAACCCACGUCACGGCAAAUGACGAGCGCCCACCACCGUCAACGAACCGCGACGAGCACCCACCCACCCCCACACACGAACGACGACGAGCACCCACGAAAAACGACGAGCGCCCACCACCACGACCCACGACCGCCCACUGA